UCAAGUGCUAACUCAUGUCCUGUUUUGCAUUUUUAAUGUAUGUCCAAAUAGAGAAGAUGCCAGGGCAGUGUGCUGUCCUGCCACAUGAUCAACGUUUCAUCUACUAUCUGAUCACAAAGAAAAAAGCCAGCCAGAAACCGACAUAUGUCAGCCUGAGACAGAGUCUGGAAGACAUGAAGUCUCACUGCUUCCAAAAUGGUGUCAAUAGGAUAUCAAUACCCCGAAUUGGCUGUGGCCUGGACAAGCUGCAGUGGUCAAAGGUGUCAAAGAUUCUGGAACAGGUCUUUAAAGAGACAAAUAUCUCUAUCACUGUGUACAGCCUGCCCUGCGUUGGGUCAAAGCUGCAGAUGCAUGCCAUGUAGUACAUUUUCAUUGUUUCUUUUGCUUAAAAUCAUUUAUAAUCUUAUAAAUUAUGAAUGAAAUCAACACUCCUUAAACAGUUUUAAGGAAACAAUAACUAAGGAAACUAUAAAAACCUCCCCAUAAGAUGUUUAGAUGCAAAACUUUUAACAUCCCACUGAUGUAAAAUAAACAAAUGAGGGUGGAAAACAGGGGUAAAUACAACAUUGUGUCCUUUUUCACCACUCAUAUCAGAAUAUAGUUAAACUCAUAUUACCUUCAUGGUGAAAUAAUUUUAUGUAUUUUUUCCUGAAACAUAGAAUUCAUAUUCACUAGAUAUAGAAACUUCUGAAGCACUUUUAUCGAAGGAAUAAAAGCGAUAUUGUUCAAAUAAAAGUACCACGAUGAAAACUCAGUUUCCUGCCAUUGAUUCAUAUAAGACGCAAAAA